UUCUACUCAUAUGACGUUGUCUGAAGGUGUCCAGGCUGCCCGUUCCACAAAAGGUUUAUUUCUCUCUCAGCAUAAAUAUGUCUCUGAUCUUCUUUCUCGUUUCCAUCUCCACACUAUUAAAUCUGUUCGUACUCCACUUGCUACUCGCACCUCUUUAUCCCUCACUGAUGGGGAGCUUCUUGCAGAUGCCACUGAGUAUCGCAGUAUGGUUGAUGCGUUACAAUAUUUAACUUUGACACGACCUGAUUUUUCCUAUGUUGUGCAUUUAGUGUCUCAGUUUAUGCAUGCCCCUCUACUACUCAUCUGUUUGCGGUCAAG